AUGGAGUGGAACAACAUGUUUCUUUUAUCAGCGCUCCCUCUAAAGGUAGUGGCAUUGGAAAACGAAAACAUUGUAAAAGAUGGACCUGUAACAAUUAGUAGCAGAUCAAUUCUCAAAUCCGCAUCCAUGUAUGCCUCUGAAUACAAGAAUAUGCAUAAUAGGAGGUUUGUGGCAGGCACUGGAAACGCUUCUCUCAGAUUCAUUGAUGUUGAACAAAGUCAAACGCUUCAUUUAUGGAGGAGCAAUUCCGUUGAAUCAUGUUUUCCUUAUUUAAUCUCUUCCAUAUGUUGUUGUGGUUCUUCAAAGAUGCAAUCUAGUGGAACAUCUUGGAUUGCAACUGAAUUGAGUUCUGGUCACUGCAGCAAACAAGAACAGAUUCAUAACUCUAUUGUCUCAAAUCUUCUUGCAUUAAUGGAUGGUUUGGAUUCAAGGGGACAAGUGGUUUUAGUCGGGGCAACAAACCGGAUCCAUGCGAUUGAUGGAGCAUUGAGAAGACCCGGUAGAUAUGAUCGUGAUUUUACUUUCCAAUUACCUGGUUUGGAUGCAUGUGUUGAAAUUCUAGAUAUUCUUACAAGAAAAUGGAAGCAACCACCUGUAAAAGAGUUGAAAUUGGAGCUUGUUGCAAGUUGUGUGGGGUAUUGUGGGGCUGAUUUGAAAGCUCUUUGUACUGAAGCUGCUAUACAUGCUUUUUGUGAAAAAUACCCUCAGGUUUACACCAGUGAUGAUAAGUUUUUGAUAGAUGUUGAAUCUGUUGAAGUUGAAAAGAAGCAUUUUAUGGAAGCCAUGUCAGCAAUUACACGUGCUGCACAUAGAGACCCGGGCUUCUGUUGUGUGGGAUUGAGGGUGUUGGGCUGGAUCAUCUGGGACCUUCUAUUAUACAUGAACUGGAAAAUUUUCCUGUUCAUGCCCUUUGACUUUCUUCUCUUUUAUCUGAUCCGAGUGCUAAGACACCAAAGGAAGCUUUGGUUCAGAUGGGAAAGCUGAAAAAAUGAAUCCGUCCAAGUGAUAUUACCAUAAACAUCGGAAAGGAUGCUCUAAUUCCAGAAUGUCCAAUUCCUGGUGAAAGGUUUGUUUUUUUUUUCCUACUAGAUGCUAUUAUAAUAUAUGUUGUCAC